AUAUAAACCGACCACAGCAGCAUCCCGAACACGACUGUGAUACCGGACGCGCCCAGAGGACAUCCGUUCAUCUUCAACAUUAACCUGCUAUUAAUGCUACAGAUUAGGGUCUAUAAGUAUUACGGUGUAUCUAUUUAUGAUUAACAUACUUUAAUAACCUCGGUGUAUUUAUUUAUUGUUUCGUCGCGGUACGUUUUUUGACGGAUCAGUCGUUAUCGGUUUUGUAAUUGAUCACUGGAACAUUCUUCACGACUGGAAGGGUUUGGUCAUUUUUUUUCCAUUCACGGUAUUGCUGAAGAAACGGAUUUGUCUUUUUUUAUCAUUGAGGAUGAGCAAAGCCACUGCAAACACAAAGAUGAGUAGUUUUAACAUCGCUCCGGACAUGGACAGCUGCAGUUCCAACAGCAACGAGUACACCAGUUAUCAGGACUGUGCCUCCAAAGUCCCCCUCAACGGGAUUCAAUACACAGACGUGGACGCGGAAAGCCAGAACUUCCUCCCCGAUCAUCAGCUGGGCAAAAAGAAAUAUGAAGCUGAAUAUAGCCCGGGUUCGGCAUCGUUCGGGAUGUCGGUGUUUAACUUGGGCAAUGCCAUCAUGGGAAGUGGAAUCCUGGGACUUUCCUACGCCAUGGCCAACACUGGCAUUGCCAUGUUUGUGAUGCUGCUGGUCGCCGUUGCCAUUUUCUCUCUCUACUCAGUCCAUUUGCUGCUUAAAACAGCCAACGAAGGAGGUUCUCUGGUGUAUGAACAGCUGGGGUACAAGGCCUUCGGGAUUCCCGGCAAACUGGCAGCGUCCUGCUCUAUCACCAUGCAGAACUUCGGAGCUAUGGCAAGCUACCUCUACAUCGUGAAGUACGAACUGCCCAUCGUCAUUAAGGCCUUCUUGGACUCUAACAACAACGCGUGGUACACUAACGGAGAUUAUCUGGUGCUGAUCGUCACUUUGGCUAUCAUACUGCCGCUCUCGCUGCUUAAAAACCUGGGCUAUCUGGGGUACACUAGUGGUUUCUCCUUGUUAUGCAUGGUGUUCUUCCUGAUUGUGGUGAUCUACAAGAAGUUCCAGAUCCCCUGUCCGUUCCUGGAGAACUCCAUUAACAUCACAGUGAACGUCUCUCAGCCGCAGGUUAACACUACCGAUGAAGAGUGCUGCAAGCCCAAGUACUUUGUCUUCAAUUCACAGACUGUGUAUGCAGUGCCCAUCCUGACCUUCGCGUUUGUGUGCCACCCGGCUAUUCUGCCCAUGUAUGAGGAGCUCAAAGACCGUUCCAGAAGAAAGAUGCAGAACGUUGCAAAUGUCUCGUUCCUGGGAAUGUUUGUCAUGUAUCUGCUGGCUGCUCUCUUCGGAUAUCUGACCUUCAACGAGGCCGUUGAACCCGAGCUCCUGCACACUUACUCAAAGGUCUACAACUUUGACGUGGUUCUCCUGAUCGUGCGCUUGGCCGUCCUGACCGCUGUGACGCUGACUGUGCCUGUGGUUCUCUUCCCAAUCCGAACCUCAUUCAACCAGCUGCUGGGCGCCUCUAAAGAGUUCAGCUGGCCGCGGCACAUCUGCAUCACUGUUGCUCUGCUCGUCUGCGUCAACAUCCUGGUCAUCUUCGUUCCCACCAUCAGAGACAUUUUCGGAUUCAUCGGUGCAUCCGCUGCUGCUAUGCUGAUCUUCAUCCUUCCCUCGGCCUUCUACAUCAAACUGGUGAAGAAGGAGUCCAUGAACUCUGUCCAGAAGAUGGGGGCGACUUUGUUUCUCAUCGUGGGAUUCAUGGUGAUGAUCGGCAGCAUGGCUUUGAUCAUCGCAGACUGGAUCCACAAUGCGACAUCUUCAGACAAGCACAGCGAUGGCCACUAGUGGGCGUGUCUUAGCCCUGAUUGACAGGCAGGUGGGCGGGGCCGAACCGCUUCCUCUGCAACUGAGAACUAGAAGAAGCUGCUCUAUUUCCAGCGCAGAGCAAAGACAAACAUCCCAUUCUGAGAGAAUGUCCUGAACUUUGUACAGUAUGCUGUUAGGCCACACAGAUGGUGAUCCACUCAUAUUGUUGUGCUUCUUUUUUUCGUCGAUUUGCUUUUCUUUUUUGUUGUGUUGUUCUUCCGGUACAGCUGAGUUUUCGGUGGUACGUCGCACAGGAACACGUGCAUCAUUCUCCGUAUUCAGGUUAGACGUUUUGUACUCGCAACCAAAACUGAUUUCACGAUCAACACUGAGCGGAGCGUCGCCUGCAGAUGCGUGUCCGAUCCGUUUGUACCUUUGCCAAAAAAUAUCGGUGUUUGUAUGUAGAAAAGCACCUAUCUCUUUUUCAGCAAAUGUGAAAAAACUGUAACUUCGCACAUUUUGGCUGUGCUUUAAACGCAUUCGUUACGAUGCCAUUUAUACUGUACUACUUGAGUCACCUUUACCUGUCGUGUAGAUCUACUAAUGAACAAAUGUUGAUUUGUAGUUGUUGAUUUCAGACAGGAACGGCUGAGUGAAUUUACUGUAACUUAUUUGAACCCAGAUGACAGCGAUGGGCGCUUUACGGUCAACAUGAGACGCAGCUAACAGGAAAUGUUUGCAGAACAAACGCUAUAACAGAACCUUCAUUCUGGUAACGUUAAGAGAACCUUCCAGUGACGUUAAUUGAACAGUUCUCUGAUCUUUCGAAACAAUAGUGUCGUUCAUAAAUGCUUUAGUUGGACAUUUAUCUAGCAUUUUUUUCUUAACGCCAAAAUGCAACAUUCUUUAUGAAUUUCAAAACAAACGUUAAUUUAAAGUUUGACUGUAACAUUUUUGGAAUGUUGCUACUCGUUUUAGAACGUUCAGGGAACAUUUAAAAGUAACUUUCCCGUAAUGUUUGUAAAAUUCUAAUUCGAAUGUUCCCUUGACCUUCGCAUAACCAACAAAAAAAAAGCACAUUCUUGUCUAACCAUUGCAAAAUAAAACAAAAAAACUGACGUCACAUUAAUGAAGUAAAUGAGUUGUUGGUUGCCAUUUCAUGUCGACUUUAAAGCUUCAAAGUAUGCUUGUCAUUUGUUUUGCUUUGUAAACCGCAGAAUGCAAUGGCAGAUUGUUGUUACCGAGGGGAAACGAGAGCGUUAGUGUUCAACUUUGACUACCAUUCAGUGUUUGCCAUCGGCAGCUUGAAGAUAUUCCCAGAUCGAGAGACAGACAGACUGACAGACAGAGGAGUGUGUGUCGUCCACUAAUCAGCUGUUAUGAGUGUGGUGAAUGGAGAGGUCACAUGACCGCCGUCACACACACACACACACACACACACACACCUCACUGUGCUUCCAACAGCUAAACCUCAUGUGUCAUCCAACCUGUUACUCUCCAGCCGUUAUUUAUGGAAAAACAUCAAUGUAAUUUAAUCUAUUUUACUAUAUUUAUAUAUAUAUAUUGUAUAUAUGUGUAUAUACCACAAAAAUGAAGUGUAUAUAUGCUGUCAUUCUUUUUUUUUUUCUCAAUUUUGCUCAACAUGUUUGAAAUAUGAAAAUAGCUUUAGAUGUCCCUCUGUGUGUCGGGGCCCCUGAUCGGCCCCUUUUCAUCUGGCUUGGAAUGAUAAAUUGAGCACAAGGUUCCUAUCUUCUUGUGAUCGGCCCCGGCACACACACACACACACACACACACACACACACACACACCUUUUACAUUACUACUAAAAUGCUGUAAUCAAUGAGAGGGGUGAAGAGCUCCUCAUGUACAAGAGGCCAUUCCUGCGAAUGAUACGCUCUUGUUUCAAUGAAACACUAUGUAUAUCAUGUAAUUAAUGUCUAUUAAAGGUUCAUGAUAACCCA